AUGUUUAGUUCACUACUAUCAAGACCGAAACAUUCCCCAUAUGAUCCAAACUUACAUUUCAUACCCAAUUCAAAUGUAUCAUCAAUCACAUCGAAAAAACAACCAGAUUCAAUCACUUCAAUAACUGACAUACAGACAAAUUCAUCAACUCAGUCAAAACUAGACUCAACAAUCCCCCUUAAAAAAAGAUAUCCAAACUUAAAACACAAUUUCCCCAAUCCACCACGUAACCAACAACGAAUAAAUGAAACAAAAGAAGUACUACAAGCACUAUUAAAUUCCAAAAUCGGUUCAACAACCACCAAAAAAGAACCAGAAUUUAUAGAAACAUCAUCAACUCAAAUAAUUCAAAUAGAAGAAUACAAACAAGAUCCAAUGCUUCCACCAAAACAUAAACUUCGUAAAAACAGACAUGAAAAACCAGAUCAAUUACCGCAACAACCAAUAUUAAAACAACAACAUAAUGUCACAAAAGAAGAUCGUGCUAAAUGGAAUAUUCCUGCAUCAGUAUCGAAUUGGAAAAAUAAUGGUGGAUAUACUAUUGAUCUCACUAAAAGAAUGGCUGCUUUCCCACAACAAACUCCAGAAAUUAAUUUGAAAAAAUUUGAAGAUUUAAAUUCUGCUUUAACGAAAGCUGACAUUGAUGUGAGAAAAGAGCUUCAGGAAAAAAUGGAGAGACAACAACAAAUUGAAAAUGAAGCUAGAUUAGAAAGAGAAAAGAGGAUAAAGGAAAUAGCUUACAGUGCCAGACAACGUAGUUCUUCACGAAGUUCUGGUAGGAAUGAAUCAAGUAGAAGAGGCGGUUAUAAUGCUAGAUUAAAUGAUGAUUAUGAAUAUAAACGUAGGAAAUAUUAG